UCUCACGGCCCUUUUAAGACUUCUGGCUAGGCCUUUUCGUCUUUCGUCUCCGUUUUAAGAUUUAGUAAUUCGUUAACACUGAUCGCCACGGCUUUAUCUGCUUCCCAAGGCUACACCUCUUGAAUCGAACUGAACAACCUUUAAAAAUAACUUAACCAAACGAAGCCGAAAAUGGCACUGCAUAUUGUGAAGCUUCCCUUUAUAUCACGCUGCUGCGGUAACGGUAGCUCCACUUUAUUUCUCUUAUCGAAAUCUUACUCUCCUUUUCAUGUAAUAUCGGUCAAAGCUCAUAUGCGUAGUCCCUAUAGAAGCUUUGCUGUUUUCAAGUCAGAAAAACUUCAAAUACCAAAAAAGAAAAAAAGGCUGGAUGAGAUAUGUCUUGAAAGGUUUCAGCAGUAUAGUCGAACAUUCAUACAGUCAUGGAUUUUACAAGGCAAAGUUUAUGUGAAUGGAAAGAUGGUAAACAAAGCUGGAACACCUGUCUCUGACAAGGCUGUUGUAGAAAUUAUGGCUGAAAUCCCUAAAUAUGUAUGUAGAGCAGGAUAUAAGUUAGAAGCUGCUAUUGAACAGCUUGGUGUUGAUGUGGCUGGCAAAGUAGCCCUUGAUUCUGGGUUGUCCACUGGAGGAUUUACUGAUUGCCUACUUCAGUAUGGUGCAUCAUAUGUUUAUGGAGUUGAUGUAGGUUAUGGGCAGGUAGCAGACAAGAUUCGUCGAGAUGAACGUGUUUGUGUGAUUGAACGGACAAAUUUAAGAUACCUUUCUGGUCUCCCUCAAAAAGUUGAUUUGGUGACACUGGACCUUUCAUUUAUUUCUAUUCUCUUGGUCAUGCCCGCUGUAGUAAAUGCAAUGAAGGAAGAGGCAACUCUGGUUACCCUGGUUAAACCUCAGUUUGAAGCUCGUAGAUCUCAAGUUGGAAGUGGUGGGAUUGUGAGAGAUCCCCAAGUUCAUCAGGAGGUUCUUGAAAAGAUCAUAAAGGGUGUAGAGAACUUUGGUUUUCAAAGCAAAGGAUGGAUUGAGUCUCCUCUAAAAGGUGCUGAGGGUAAUACAGAAUUUCUCGUUUGCUUUAGUCGGACUUCAGGGAAAAGUUCUGAAUAGCGUAUCAUAUGAGGUAUGAGCUAGGUAUCCAUCCAUAUGUGACAUCGUGCCCCACUGUCACUGUGAACCUUUUCAGCAAGAGUAAAGCCAUGGACGAUUUUAUGCAGGACAGAUUCAUUACAACAGGGAGUCGUCAUCUUGCUUUGAAUGGUUGCAUCCAGUCGUCAUAUUGAUUUAUAAGUGAAAUCAAUCUUCUGCUAGCUUCUUUAUAUAUUUUUUGUACCCUCGAUAACGCGAACUGAGAGACUUACAUGUAAUUAUUCAAUUUCCAAGCUACUGAAAGAUGUAAAAUUCUUUUAGCCAAACAAAAGUAAAAAAAAAAAAAAAUGCUGCGUUGUAAUUUACCCAAACUGUUCAACACUUUGGUUG